AAUUACGUAAGCGUUUUAAACCAACUGGCGUGUCCGUGACGUCACCACCCGAAAUACGUCAUACAGGAAGAGAGUUCAUUGUUUUGGCGUUUCCUGAUCUACAAUCUCUCCGAUUAAAACAACACACACCUGACAGUGGACGCGUUUCUGGUAUCCUCUCACCAUGACUCACUGGUUCCAUCGAAACCCUCUGAAAGCCACGGCACCUGUGUCCUUUAACCUGUACGGAGUGGCAUCCAGUCCCACUGCCAAUAAGAUCUGCAAUGACUUGAGAACGACACGCGCCCGACUGCUGGAUGCGUUCACAGACGCCACGUGUACCCCAGAGAUCAUGAAGAAAUCCAGUGAUGAAUACUUUGCUCUUUUACAGGGAUUCAUUUUGCCGCUGGAUGGAACCACACAAGAGAACAAGCUCCGGUUCAUCCAGAACUUCAAAUGGACCGACUCUUUACAGGGAAAUAUUGCGAGUGCCCAGCAGGAUGCUGUUUUUGAGCUGGUGUCUAUGGCCUUUAAUGUUGCCAUCUGGUACACCAAGUUUGCCUCACGAUUGGCCGGAAAGGAGAACAUCACAGAGGACGAGGCCAAAGAUGUUCACAAGAGUUUGAGAAUCGCUGCUGGAAUUUUUAAAACCCUUAAGGAGACUCAUAUUCCUCGACUCAUCACUCCAGCAGAGAAGGGUCGAGACCUGGAGCCGCGAGUCAUUGACACCUACAUUGUGCAGAUUCAGGCAGAGGCUCAGGAGGUCACCAUUGCCAGAGCCAUCGAGCUGAAGCACAACGCCUCCCUCAUCGCAGCGCUGUCCUUCGAGACCGCAAACUUCUACCAGAAGGCUGAUCACACUCUGAACACUUUGGAUCCAGAAUGCAGCAGUAAAUGGAAGAAGUACCUGCAGCUGAAGCAGCACUUCUACAUGGCUUACGCACACUGCUAUCAUGGACAGACUCUUCUCGCAGGGGAUAAAUGCGGAGAGGCCAUAAGAUCCCUGCAGGAGGCUGAGAAGUUUUAUUCCCGCGCUGAAGCCUUGUGUAAAGAGUACCGUCAGACGAAGGGUCCCGGCAGCACGGCCAAACCCUCGGAGCAGCUCUUCUUUAAGAAACUGGGCACGUUCAUCAAGAACACCCUGGAGAAGUGCCAGAGAGAGAACGGCUUCAUUUAUUUUCAUAAGGUUCCUGCUGAAGCUCCGGCGCUGGAACUGAAGGCCAGUUACGGUUUGGCUGAACCGACUCCAUUCGAGCUCCCGCCUCUCAGCGCUCAGUGCACACCUGAAGUCUACGCGACCUUUGACCUUACCAAAGGACCCAAAGAAGACAAGGCAAAAGUGAAGCACGAUGAGGAGAUAAAGCCGGUGAAGGAGCCGGAUCUGAAGCCGCAGAAGGACACGGGCUGCGUGGUCUCCUAACAGGUGACGCAUGAUGUCCAGGAGAUCUGGAGGAGAUCUGGAGGAGUCUGGAGUCUUCUCUCCUCUGAUCAAAUAUAUUCCAAUAGUGAUAUAACAGUGGCGUCUGUCUCGUGCUCGCAUUCUGUUUAAAGUGUUUCGUCUACAAACACAGAUGUUCUAAUGAAGGAUUGCGUGACUAAAAUCUGAUGAACAGUUAAUCCUAAUAACCCCGUCUGAAUCAUAAUUAUAUGACCAAUUGAUUGCACUUGAUUAUCUCUCUGUAGCAGAAAAUAGAUGAUCCUAGUGAGAUUUUUAAGGUUUAUUGGAUCCAUUGAUUAAAAAAAAAAAAAAAGUUGUGAAAUUAAACCAUUAAAAUUAUCCAUUGAUUAAUGCAAAUAUUAAAUGGCAUUUAAACUAGGUGCAUUUCAGAAAAAAAAAUCAGAUUUCACCUCAACAUCUAAAGAAAAAUUUGCGUAAAGUUUUUUUUUUUUUUUUUUUUUUUUUUUUUUAAACCAUGAAGAUUUAUUGCAUUAUAACAUUAUUUUCAUGACAAUUAAGCACAUUUUCAAAGCACACACACACACACACACAUACAAUUUCAAUAGAAUUUUCUUUGGCAUUGCAGUAAUGAGAAUCUGGGUUUUAAAUGUGCUUAAUUUUCAUGGAUAAAAUAUAUAUUAUAUAAUGAUUAUAUAAUGUCAUAAUGCAAUAAAUAGUUGUCUCAUAAAAAUAUAAUUUCUGGACUAUUGUGAUUUUCUAAACAAAAGCAGUUGCUAUCGAAAUACAACACAGUACAUUAGUUUAAGAUAAAAUAUUAUGACUUAUCACUUAUUGCACUUAAAAUAUCUGCUGUAUGAUUAAUAUUUCUUAGGGGGAGCACAUUUUUUAGUUGGGUUUUGGUUUGAAAAGAACAGAAUUAUACUAUAUAAAUAUAUAUAUAUAUAUCUCCUCAUCAAGAACAGAAUUAAACAGGGUGAAGAUGUGAAGUGCCGUGAGCUUCAGUCUGAUUAGAACUUCUAAUAUCAACUUUUACUGGACUUAUUUUCCACAUGUGUAUAUAUAUAUUUACAGUCAUAUAUGAAAAAAUGAUUUUGCUUGUGAUUUGAAACCUGUCCAAAUAAUCCAAACAUGGGUUGCUGUGCUGUACAUGACCCUUUUGCUGGUUUGAUUUGAUAGGUUUUUCAUUUUUCUGACAGUCGUCUGAAUAUGUUCAACCAUGUUUGCAUUAAUAAAUGUGACACUGGUGCUUCAUUUUAAGGGUUGUAAAAACUUCAACAAAACUAUAUGCACUUUCACAUCACCUACAGGUACAGAAAUGAUCACUAAAUGUCAUGGCCCCUGCUUUAAUUCAUACUGAAAACUAAGAGUUUGUAUACUUAUCAAGGGAAAAUGAUUGUCAGAUAUUUUGCUGUAUAUUUAUUUAACACAAUUCUACAAGACUUUCUCUGGCAUUGUUCGAUGACACUCCACGAUCACGUUUAGUUUGUGUAAUUAUUCGUUUUGCCAUCUAUGCAGUUGUAUGGAUAUGUAUUCAUCAUCGUGUAUACUUACAGAUUACGAUGUCAACCUGUAACUCAAAAUCAUGCAUUUAAUGUUUAUUCCCCAUUAAAAAGUGCAUCAGCUA